GCAAGGAGAAGUUCGGGCCUGCUCAUCCCUCCACGCUUAAUAGCAUGGCCAACCUAGCGUCAACGUUUUGGAACCAAGGUCGAUGGGAUGAAGCUGAGAAGCUAGAGGUAGAAGUGAUGGAGACUCGCAAGGAGAAGUUCGGGCCUACUCAUCCCGACACGCUCACCAUUAUGAACAACCUAGCUUUCACCUGGCACGCCCAAGGACGUAUAACGGAUGCUAUCGAUUUGUUGGAUUCGUGCGUCCAACUAAGACGUCAUACCCUUGGCCCCGACCAUCCAGAUACUGCUUCGUCCACCAAAGCCUUAAAUGUUUGGCGCGUCGGGCAAGUAUCUGUGAGUUGAGUACAGGUGAACCCCGGUUAUGCGGAAUAAAGGAGACAUUCCGUUCAAUCCGCUAAAAUGAGGUAUCCGCAGUAUUGAG